UUGACAGCAGUCAGAGUAACAGACAGGUUUCCACGGGAUCCAAGCUUCGACUGCUUGCAAAGUCUCUUAAAAAAAUCUCAUAUACACUUUUACAGCGAGUGGAGCCUCCUGAAGGAAUACAGGCGGAGACACCCAUUGCUCCGUUUGGUUCGUGAGAAAGUUAGCAACUUUUGUUUUCUGCAGCAGAAAUUGCAACUUUUAGUUGUUUGAGCAUUUGGUUUGAUACGCAACUCACAGAAGGACCAGGAUUCUUGUUGUUAUUGUUGUUGGUGGUAGUGAAAACUGAACACAUUUUCAAGGGGAGCGAUUCCAACAAUGACUUUAGGAACAGAAAUGUCAGACAAUUCCGCUCUUUCAGAGGAUGUGGACAUCGACGUGGUUGGGGACAUGAGCGCUAAAGAGGGGAAGUAUCACGAUUUUCAUUCGGACAACGACUCAGAUGAUAACCUGUCCAGGAACGCGGGAGAGAACGCCUCUUCCCCGGGCCUGAGCAGCGGUUCGGACUCCAACCCGUCCCGUGGAGAAGAGAAGACGGGCAAAAACACUUUGGUGAAGCCCCCUUACUCUUACAUCGCCCUCAUAACCAUGUCUGUCCUGCAGAGCCCCAAGAAGAGGCUCACGCUGAGCGAGAUCUGCGAGUUCAUCAGCAACCGCUUCCCCUACUACAGAGAGAAAUUCCCUGCCUGGCAGAACUCCAUCCGCCACAACCUGUCCCUUAACGACUGCUUCGUGAAAAUCCCGCGGGAGCCCGGGAACCCUGGCAAGGGCAACUACUGGACCCUGGACCCGGAAUCGGCGGACAUGUUCGACAACGGCAGCUUUCUGCGGAGGAGAAAACGCUUCAAGAGGCACCAGUCCACUGAAAUGCUGCGGGACCCAAACAGCUUCCUUCCAGGAUUUGGAUACGUGCCUUACGGGUAUAAUUACGGCAUCCAGCUGCCUAACUUCCACCCCCACCACCACGGCACGGCUUUCCCGUUCCAGCCCCCGCACUGCGCAAUGCCGUCCCCGGCUUCCCUGUUUCCAGCACCGCACAUGCCAUCUCUCCUGGGCAACGAGCUUGCUAGAAAACCUUUCUACCCCCAGCUGAGCCCAACUCUGCCCAAUUUGCAGCCCCUAAAAGUAGACAGCAACAGCCAGACGAGGCCUUCUUUUUCUAUAGACAACAUCAUAGGGGUAAGUGGUUCCGCCAGCACCCCGACCUCGCCGUUCUCGCAAGCGGGGAAUCAAGCCCAGGUGCUGGCCAUGCUUGCACCCUCUCUUGCGUCCACCCCGAACCACUUAAACUUAACGCACGAAAACGUCUUACAUGCAGCAGGAGGGCAGAGUUUUUCCAGUAAAAUCACGAACCUUAACAGCUGUCAUUUUUAAAUACAAACUGUUCUCGCGUCCCGUACCCUUUGUUAAGGUGUUUCAAGUCGGGAGUCACGUGGCUUGCUUACCAGACUGAUGCCGCACUCAUCUGAUAAGCCACCCAGUCCCGGAUGAAAGUAAGCAGCAGGGACAGGAGGUGCAGGGCUGGCUAUGAAACAUCAACAAGAGACCCACGCAGUUCACACUCCACGCGGGUUUCCAGUGUCUGGAGAGGGCAACAACUCAACCAACGAUAUCGGCGUAAUGAUGCACAUAUAUAAAUACUGGCAACCUCAAACAAACACUUUAAAACAACGACGCUAUAUUGUAUAUAUACUGUAUAUAUUUCACUCAGAAAUGUGUGAUUGCAUUAUGUAUCAGGCUUGUAGUCAAUAUUAACUAAAACAGCAGCAACUGAAAAAUAAUGACAUUCCCAGUGGUCAUUUUGUUGACGUUCCUUGGAGCAAGUUGGUCCAGCCACGUCACAAGUUGUACUUCUCUAUUGAAUCAUAUCAUGAUGUAAAUCGGCUGUGUAGUUUGUUUCGUCACAGCAAGUCAUGUUUACAGCACCGAGGGUUAAAUAAGUUAUCAAAACAGGAACUAUAAACUACUCAAUAAAAUCCUCGCAGGUCUGUCCCUUCCUGUCGCAGAACUUUGCCUCAUUGAGUUGCAACUGUUGAUUCCCUAAAUGACAAGGUCUAAUUAACACGGCUAUUAGGCACUGACCUUCAGUAAAGCCGCAGCGACAGAUUCAUUAAAGCUGUUGCCACAACGCAAAUCCAGCUAAUGACUCCUUGAAUAGCCACGGAGACAGAAAUGUAACUAUAAAGGUUUGCUCACGUUUGUCAUUGAAGUUUUUAUGGGGAGAGUCCCACAGCAGCGAGAUGAACUCAUUCCAGACCAGGGGACCUCAGAUCUUCAGUGCAUUGCGUGAGAAGCAGCAAAACAGGCGAGUCAGGACUACAUAUCCUCCAGCAAAAAUGUGAAGUGAGCAAAAUUAUAUUUGUGGUCUGCUUGGAAAGUUGUUCAGUCUUACAAUUCCACAAAUAUCAAUGAAUUUAUUUUAUUUAUUUAUUUGUUUAAUUAUUUAACCAGGAGAUUUAACAAUUAAUAGCGAGUCCUCAUUUACAAGAUAAUUGCAAUGUACAAAAAACAAAAUAAAACAUGUGUGGUUCAAACUUAAUCAGCAUCAUACCAAGAUCAAAGGAUAUAAUAAACAAGACAUAUCUAUUUGUUAAUGUGAACUGAAGGAGAAUCAUUGGCAGCAGGCUCAAAGCAAUUCCCUCAUACGAUCUUUAAAACAAAACAUCAUACAUUUAACGAAGCCUUGCAUACCGUCCAUGCAUCCCAAAGCAGAUUCAUUAAGGCUCAGGUUCUGAAAGUAAACCAGAGCUAUCUGGACCACAUGGUUAUACUGAAACUACCAAGCUUUACUUUCCACUGUGCAAACUCUGGAAGUUCUAGAACCUCAGUGAGCAUUCUGUUCCCCCCCUCCCUCUGCCAAUCAGAUCAUUCGAUUCUCAACAGGAAUGGUAUGUAAAUCAUUCUGUAUUUAGGCUGUCUGAGCACAAGGGAACAACAGAUUGGAAAGCCUUGUGGGGGGUCAGUGUACCCUAAGUCUACCUACCACCACAGACUGGACAUCUAAUACCAUUGUCCUUUCCCCAUUCCCGAGAAACCUCUUUGCAUUUCAUGUAUUUGCCUGUGUUUAAGGAAAAUGUGCAUCACUCAAUAGAUUAUUUGCAUCGUUAUAAUAGCAUAUUUUUUUUGUGAUGGUGAAAUAGUUUUCAUAGCUGGGAUUUAGAGCUUAAAAACCAAAAGCCUCCUGGUUUGGUUUCCAGUAGACUCUCAAUCUAUCUCCUACACUCUUUGUUAAAAAAUCUCCUACACUCAUGCUUAUAAGUGCCCCCUCCCUGUGCAUAAGUGCAUGCUCCUGUUGAGCUGAUUAGUCGGCACUGUUAAUGAGAGUGCUCCAGAGGAAGGGGGCUGAGCGCACACCUUAGCACACUAACACUGGGCAGUGGAGACACAGCUGCCACAUUCAUCAAACAAUCCCUUCUUGUGAGAGAGACGGUUUGCUCCACCUGGACUCCACCUGUUGCUUCAAUGGAGAAGGUGCACAAUAGCUGUUGUGCUGCCUCAUGCUGAUGCGUGUGCUGCCCACGUCCUGCGCUCGAGGGGCCCUUGCACAUUCAUUUUGCUUCUCAUAAGUUCUGACUCUAUUGAGCGGUUUGCGUUUUGGUGACUGAUACGUACAUAGCUGAAUAAAUAUUGCUACUACAGAUGCUAGGAUGAAUUGUUUCAAUUCUCUUUCAUAAGGAAUCAUUUAUGAAAUAAGAAAUAAAUACAUAUUUGCUCCUAACAGCAUCUUUUAUGCAUUUGAAGCAAGCUGGUUGCCUUCCAAGUGUUUAAAUAAAAAGCCAUGCAGACUGCACAGGUGAUAGUAGCUGGGUUUUAAGAUCCUCAUCCAAUAAUGUAUUUCAUUAAAAAACACAUUUUGAUUAAA